AUGACAGCACAGACAGUAGCACAAAAUUUUUUUAAGCACUGGAUAGCUAGAUUUGGUUGUCCUGUAAGAAUUACUACUGACCGAGGCAGACAGUUUGAGAGUGAUUUAUUCCGUGCUCUCUCUCAGCUACUAGGAAUUACAAGGAUAAGAUCUUCUCCUUAUCAUCCUCAGGCCAAUGGCCUGAUCGAAGAGUUCCACCGCCCAUUAAAGGCAGCUUUGAAAGCCUACAACACAGAUCAGUGGUCUUCAGCAUUGCCCACCUUGUUACUCGGAUUCCGGUCCGUCUUCAAAGAGGAUCUACAAGCGACGACUGCUGAGCUGGUAUAUGUCAAGUCUCUGCGACUACCGGGAGAAUUUUUCGAUCCAACGCUUGGAGACGCAUCACCCAAGCAGCUCGUGGAGGACUUAAAACGCCAUUUUGCAACGAUGAGACCAGUUCUAACUCCUAUCACGGACAAAGAACAAUCCUUGUGCAUCCUCACCUCAACGUGUGUUCACAUGUAUUUGUGA